AUGGUGGCAGAGCGGAGAUUUCGAAUGCAAGGGACCCUCGACGGUGGUCUAAGUUGGUUGGUUGUUUUUGGAUCAUUCAUGUCACAGUUUGCCGUUCUGGGAAUACACUUCGUUUUCGGCCUUUUGUACAUUGAUCUGUUAAACGAGUUUGGACAAAGCAAGGCCACCACAGGUGAGAAUGAGUUGCAGCGUGGUGGGGCCCCCUAGUUCACUGCCCGCCAUAGCCGCUGGCUGGAUUUAUUCUCGGUUUUCUCGAGUGAAACUCCUCGGUCACGCUUGAAAAUAGCCAACUGGUUUGCUUCUGGCUUGUUGGCAUUUUUAACCUUGUUAUGUUUAUUUUCAAAUUUUUGUUUCUGCCUUUAUUCGUGGCCCUGAACGAAAACUAAUGGGUCAGUAUCUUAUAUCUAUGUGAUGCAUCUGCAUUAUCGAAUAGCGAAGACUGGAAAUUGUUACCUCGUACGUAGGACUAGCACUCCAAACGGAAAAAUUUUAGUUUGGACGUAAAGCCUAGUGGUUCGCUCUCACACUCACCGUAAAUUUCCUCCACCCCUCGGCCACACCUGUUUGUAGCCAACCGGUCCAAUGUACAAUUUACAUUUUAAAUUGUUUUUACUUAAGCCAUGUUAUGUUGAAUUUAUGUUUGCCUGAUUGUAAGGUUUACAACAACAAAGCCCUGACAAAUGCAGUCGAAACCCAACAUUAGCGUAUUGUAACUCCUUGAGCCGGGUUUAGCCGUCCGGUUAAAAUUAUUCCGGAACAAAGUAAAGAUAUAAUUUCACUGAUAAUUUGAGCUAUUAUCAACGAGAUAGGAGAGUGUCAAAAAAGCGACUGUGACACUUGAUUAUUUUUAUUAUUUUAAAUGAUUAUUUUUUAACUAUUCUGACAACUAAGUAAACUUUUUUGGCGUCAGGCUUACGGUUAUGGUUUACCCGAAGUCCCGUUUAUAUGGGGAAAAGUUGUCCCGGAAAACAGGGUCACCCUCUCAGCCGAGUCAACUUCUGUGAGCGGUGUAUAUGAGAAAAAGGAUUGACCCCUUUACCCGAGGCAACAGCGUUUUCGCGCGCUGUGGUUGUCUUGCCUUAGACCGAGGUGACCCGACCAGGUGGACCAAAAUUAUUAGGGUGAUCCGACUAUCGAACUAAAAAGAGUGAACUUUUAGCCUAGUUAACUUUGUGUAUCUCAUGAAAACGGCUCGCCAACUUUUGUAAGGAAAUGAAGGAAAAUUUUGUCACCCAGAGUGGCUUAGCCUACAUUGCUCAUAAAGCGCCUGUUAUGCAGGUUAGGGUAGCUUGGAAACCUGAGUGACCUUUUUACCCGGGACAGGUUUUCUCCAUUAAACCGGGUCCUGAGACCCCAUUAGCUUGGUGUCCUCAUUAUUAUCCCUUGACAUAUCCAGAUUUGCAAUUGCAUUUUUUCAACAGCAUGGGUUGCUUCCAUUGCAUUCGGCUUCACUUUUCUCCUGGCACCUCUGAGUAGCUUGCUGUGCAAAAGACUUGGUUGCGAAGUCGUCAUGGCAGUGGGUGGAAUAAUGAUCGGAAUUGGCAUUUUUGUCUCCUCUUUCGUCGAUACGAUUUUCCUCAUGUAUGUCACAUAUUCGUUGAUAUUCGGCCUGGGAUCUAGCAUGUGCUACAUAGCUUCAAUUUUGGUGCUCAGCGAAUACUUUAACAAAAAUUUAGUUGUUGCUAAUGGAAUCGCCCUGGCUGGAGCGGGCGUGGGAACCAUAUCACUUGCUCCCGCGCUGAGCCUUCUUCUGGACAAUUACACCUGGCGCGAUUCAGUUCGUAUUCUCAGUGGAGCGUCACUUGUACUACUGUGCUGUGCAUUUAUUUAUUAUUUGGUGCCUUCGCCGCUGGAAUUUGUCGAUGCUGAGGAUUACCAAGAAGAAAAGAAAUGUUUUGACUUCUCGUUAUUUAAGAACAAGGCUUAUGUUCUGUUGAUUGCUGUUAAUGGAUUGGUGUUAUUUGGAUUUUAUAUACCAUACGUUCAUUUGGUAAGUUUAUUCUCUAGUCAGCGGUUUUUAGUAGCUGUUAGUUAGCCCCUCACGCAAAACGUUUCUAGGGCUUUAUACACGGUAGGAAAUCAUGACGAAGCCCCUAGAAUGUCUGCUUGGGAGGCUAGUGGAUAUGUAUGCGGCGGCUUGAUUCACGAAGUAGUCCAUCAGAGAAAUACUGAAGCUAAGCGGCUGGCUGCUCUAAGAUGACCAAAGUGGGGCAAAGGUAGCCUGUUCCAGGCUCUCAGAUAGCAGGGAUGACGCGCAAGAGAAAGGCACGCGAACAUAUGAGACAUUUCCUAGAAAUAGAUUGCAUGCCUAGCAUUUUUCUGAAACGGCAAACGCCUACUAAUUUUAUUAUUGUCGUUAUUAUUUUAUUAACUACAUAGCCUUAGUUUUUGAAAGUUUGAUCAGAUGUAUAUUUUUUCUGCAGAAUUCCUUUUUAGUAACAGAGAGCAAAGUAACGUAAAUUGCCGUCUAUAGCCCCCUGCCCCCAAGCUAUAGGCCCAUCAACCCGCAGACAAUAAAAUACAUUCGAUUAUAAGCUUCCCGUGGAUAUUAGCCUGUUCCAGGUUCCGGGAUAGUGGUGAAAAGUCGUUCAGUAAAAAGAAAUGCGAAAAACGCGCGGGGGCUAGGGGGAGACAGGGCGGCGUUCCCGUUUUUCUCACCACCACCGCCCCCUUUCCCAAGUCGCGUGCGUCUUAUUUUCGCUUUGCUCGUUUUAAUACGUCCGAACUGUACUAUCUGAAAGCCUUGUGCAGGCUUCGUGAAUAUAAGCUUCCCUCUAGCUUGAGGACCUUGUAUUGAAAAGACUUUUUUUGUUGUAAUUUCAUGUUUGUUUUUUGUUAUUAUUAUUCAUUCAUUUAUCAUUUUUUUAUUUAUUAUUUAUUUAUUUAUUUAUUUUUUAACAAUUAAGUUAUUGUAAUAUUUUAUUAAGUUUAUUACUAUAUCAGUGUAUAUUAUGAAGUUUUGAAUCUUAGUCGUGGUCAUCAUUCUGAUCAUUGCUAGAGCUUGUUUCAAGGCGCUCUUUCUAUUUCGGAUAUAAGCCCCCACGAAUAUACAGGGGCGGAUCCAGGAUUUUUUUUAGGAGGGGGUGCACUCGUCUCUUGCUCUACUUCAAUACCAAUAAGCCACAUAGUUUUUUUUUUGCGGAAUACCAGUUGUAUUAGAAAACCGCAGGUCAUCUCAGGGGGGGGUGCGCACCCCCUGCACCCUCCCCCUAGAUCCGCCCCUGAUAUAAGCCCCUCUAUUUAGAAGUCCUCUUAAAACUCCUUGCGAAGCUGUAUAAGCCCAGUGCUUAUAAGCCGCAGUUUACGAUAGUCCAAAAGAACAAGUGUUCUGUUAGCUUUCACUUUGUUAUUUUAAGGAGGUGGUUUCACUAGAAGUCUCGCAAGUUUUUGAACAACUUGCUCUAGCAUUACUUGCUCACAUUUUCCUCGUUCACCCCUUUUGUCUCAUACAGGUAAGACACGGACAAGACCUUGGCAUCCACAAAGAGGACGGCGCUGUUCUAGUCGGCAUCAUUGCAAUGUCAGAAACAAUUGGAAAGAUUGUCUAUGGGCGAAUUGCUGAUCACCCACGUGUGAACCGAAUUUAUCUGUAUCAGAUGUGCAUGUUGGUCUGUAGCGUUCUUACUACUCUUCUUCCUAUUUUGACCUCCUAUAAAUCCCUGUUAGCCUAUUGUAUAGUAUUUGGCAUCCACGAUGGCGGGUUUGUCGUCCUUAUAGCCAUAUUAAUAGGAGAUGUCGUCGGAAGGAGAAAGAUGGCUUCAGCGUUUGGGAUCAUGUAUUGUAUUACUGGCGUUCCAAUGAUGGUAGGAGCACCAAUAGCUGGUAAGUGUUGCAUUGUGGGUGCAGCUGACAACUAAACUUAUUUCAGCCAGGGGUGAUCCAAUCAUAGUCAGAUUGAGACUCUUCUCUCAAGAGGAACCAUGGGAAAUGGCAUGAGGCAUUCUUUUACUUAGUUAUUUUUUAAAAAAUGAGUUUUUUUUACCACGGUCGAUAGAACGCUUGACUGCUAAGCGGGAGUUGAGGUCGCGGGUUCGAUACUCAAGGCCUGGUUGUUCAAAGCAGGGUUACGAUAAUCAAGGGUUAUUGCUAUCAGAUAUGAAAGCUUAAAAACUAAAUUCAGUUUAAAUUAUUUUUGUCUGCAAUUCGAUGAUUCAGUGCUUUAAAAAGUAAAAAGAAAAUUAUCCAAGAAAUUACUUUUAAACAAAAGAGAGAGAAAUUUAAAAUAACGGAAAAAUAAAGGCACUCCCUUUGCACUGCAAGCGGCUAGACCUUCGGGUGGCUCGGAUGACAAAUUGAAUGGUGGCCCUGUCUCCAGUUGGAGGCGUGCUAAAUACAUUGACACUAAAAUAUAGCGCUUGUUUAUCGUUUGUCUGACAAUAGUCACUUAGUUGUUGAUCACACUACGUUUGGACUGCGUUCUGCAGGUCUUUAUCAGGGGGUGCUGUCGUCCUCUAUUAACGCCAAUAAUAGGCUGAUUAGCAACAGAACUGGAACGUCAGUUGACGACGGCGCGUGCAAAUCAAACAACUGGCUUGACCAAAGGCAGAGCGGCAAAUUGAACACCGGAAGUCGUGCUUAGUCCUUUCCGCGCGCUUUCCCGUCGUCAUCUGACGAACUGACGUUCCCGUCCUGUUGCUAAAUCAGCCUAACCUAAUGCUUCAGAUAGAAACCCACUAACCCAGCCUAGUGCCCAGGCUUUCUCUCUUGCCUCGUUGUCCGCGCGAAGUCUGGGAAAGAGCGAGCAGCGAGUCUCUCUCGGUGACGCCACAGCUCACGGUAGAGUCCAGGAUUGACCCGGCAGGGAACGCUUAGGGACUAGGCUGCCACCAACCAUGAGUGAGGUUCGUGAUACACAAAUCCCUAGCAACCACGAUGGUACUAAUAGCACCACUCAGUAAGUUGACACUAAUAAUGACCUGGAAACGCGCGAUUAACAACUAAGUGGCGAAACAAACGAUAGAAAUGAAUACACAUGCCAUCCUUGAAUGAUAUUUAUUUUUGUUUAAAUCUUUUCUUCGGUUUCUUAUAGGAAAAUUAAUUAAUAUGACAUGCAUGUAUUCUCUGGUAUGUCUUCUGCUUUACGUUUACAUUUCAUUACAGUUUUACUGGGUUUUGUUGAUGAUGUGUAAAAAAAGGAUACGACUCAGAAAAAUUUAAUAUAGUCCUGGGGGAAGGGACGAAUAGAGACCCUAAGCUUGUGAUGAGAGUGAGUUUUAAAUUUCCGAACAUGUGCUUUGUGAUUAGAAAAAAACCGGCCGCGCCCAACUUUUUUCCCUGUCUAUUUUUUUCAUUUAUUGUUUAUUUGUUUGUUAUACUUAUUUUAGGAUGGAUGUAUCCUAUUCUCCAGUCGUACUUUCCUGCGUUUUACAUGUCCGGCGCCUUCACUACACUUGGAGUAUGUCUUUUGUUUCUGAUUCCUUUUCUACUUCCUCCUGAAAUUGCUCAAGAGUGGCACAAGCGUAGAAAAGGUUAUCGGGUGCGUAUCCCAUCCUCUACCUCAAGUCAGGCCACAAAAUCAUGGACUUUGGAUUCCGGGUCGUUCUCUUCUGAGUCGGAAGCUAGUGAUAGGAAAGUUUCGGAGUCUGGCAAGGGGGUGGAGAGUUAUGAAAAGAAAGAUCUUACCGUUUCGUUGGUAAAAGAUUCUGUUGAAUUGGACAUUGUCAAAGAAAAACCGAAUACAUCAACUGUAGAAUAUGUGCUAGAAAAAUACUUUUCUAUGCCUAAACUCGUAAAUCAACAAGACUGCCUUUUGGGAUAUUUUAGUGACUAUUUAAGGGAUUCAGAAGACGUGUGGAUUCACUCUUUGGACCCGAACAGAGAGACUACGGUUUAG